AUGCCUGAUAGAUUAUUCAAGAACGAAGAAAUAGUUCAUUACGGGAACGGUGCUAGUUAUGCUAAAGUUACAUUUCGGUUAGUUGUAUUUCGACCUUUCAUUGGUGAAAUACUUGAAGGAAAAGUUUCAAGUAAUACACCCGAGGGUGUUAAAGUAACUUUAGGAUAUUUUGAUGAUAUAUUAAUCCCCACAAAUAAUGAUGAUGGCUGGAGGUUUGAUUUUGGAUCACAAGUUUGGGUAAGGUUAUGGGACAAUCCUUUACCGGAAAAUUUAUGGAAAUCGGUAGAAGAUAAAUAUUUAUAUAUGUAUAUGGAUAAGGAUCAACCAUUAAAAUUUAGAAUUAUAGAAGAGAAAUUUACGGAUAUUGGUACAAAAGGUCCACCACCCAAACGUACUGGGGCCGUAGCUGGACAAAAAGUUCCUCAACCUGGUUCUUCUUCAUUGCCUUCUGAUGUCAUGAUUGUUGGUAAUAAUAAGAGUGUAACAAAUUUACAACAAAAUAUUACUGGUGGUGAUAUUACUGCUACUGAAUCCAAUUCUACUAUUGGAGGUACUUCGGUUUUACAAGGAAGUAGAUUAUUAGGGGCGACCACUAUUUCUUCACAAACCAAUAAACUCAAACAAGCACCUUAUGAAAUUAUUGGUUCUGUCGCCGAAGUUGGUUUGGGUUUAACUUCUUGGGCUUGGGAUUAA